AUGAACAUCUUCCCCGCAACCCCAUCAAUCAAUAUGGCAGCCUUCUCAAACACCCUGAAAGACCCCAGUCUCUUCAUUGAGAAAUCCUACAUUGAUGGCCAGUGGGUCUCAUCACAAUCUAAGAAGACUUUCAACGUUUACAACCCAGCCACCGAGGCAGUCGUGGGAACCUGCCCCGAAUCAAACACAGAAGAUAUCAACGCCGCUAUCCAAGCCGCAGCGAAAGCCUUCCCCACAUGGAGAGCUCAGUCAGGCCGACAGCGCGGGCGCAUUCUCCGCCGGUUCUUUGAGCUCAUCAUCGAAAACAAGGAAGAUAUCGGCAAGAUUAUCACAGCGGAGAAUGGUAAAGCCAAGGGCGAUGCCGAAGGAGAGGCGAUGUUCUCAGCUGGCUUUUUCGAAUGGUUCUCGGAAGAGGCACCUCGAAUCUAUGGCGAUGUCAUUCCUCACAGCAACCCUUCCAGUCGCACUCAGGUCGUGAAAGAGCCAGUCGGUGUGUGUGGAUUGAUUACUCCAUGGAACUUCCCCAUGGCUAUGGGAGCGCGCAAGGUCGCUGCUGCCCUGGCUGCGGGCUGCACGGUCGUUAUGAAGUCUGACGGUGUGACUCCAUUCUCUUCGAACGUCCUGGCUGCACUCGGUGAGCGCGCUGGUGUGCCCAAGGGCGUUUUCAACGUUGUCACUGCGCUCGAGAACACCCCGUCUCUUGGAUUGGCGCUUUGCGAGUCGGAUAUCGUGAAGAAGAUUUCAUUCACCGGUUCGACCCGUGUCGGUAAGCUGCUCAUGAAGCAGUCAAGCAACAGUCUGAAGAAGUUGAGUCUUGAACUUGGUGGUAAUGCUCCAUUUAUCGUGUUUGACAACGCCGAUGUGGAGACUGCUGUUACCAGUGCCGUGAUUGCAAAGUUCAAGGUCACCGGACAGACUUGUGUUUGCGCAAAUCGAUUCUUCAUCCAAGAUGGAAUCUAUGAGAAGUUCAGCAAGCGAUUCGUCGAAGAGGUUAAGAAGAGCCAGGUUGGUGAUGGUCAGAAUGCUGCCUCGACUCAUGGACCCUUGACCAGUGGUAUCGACAAGACCCAGGAACACAUCCAAGAUGCGGUUACCAAGAAUGCUACAGUACUUCUUGGAGGUAACAGCUUGCCAUCCGUGGGCAAGAACUUCCACGAGCUCACUAUUCUGGGAGACGUGAAUGAUUCGAUGAAGGUCACCAGCGAGGAGACCUUCGGACCUGUCGCGGCACUUUCCCGCUUCUCGAGUGAAGAGGAAGUUGUCAAGCGUGCCAACAACUGUGAGGUCGGUCUGGCAUCAUAUUUGAUGACAAACGAUCUGGGCAAGGCAAACCGUGUAUCAGAGCAACUGGAGUUUGGUAUGGUUGCCAUCAAUACUGGCGUAAUCUCCGAUUGGGCUGCACCAUUUGGAGGCGUGAAGCACUCUGGCAUGGGACGUGAAGGCAGCAAGUACGGAGUGGAGGACUAUAUGAACAUCAAGAUGGUCGUGACGGGAGGAAUUAACACAGUGUACUCAUCCCAUUUGUAG